AGCGCGGCCGCCAUUGUCCGGCGGGCGGUGAGUAGAGCGGUCCCUGAGGUGGGGGCUGCUCUCGGGUUUACGGCCGCUUCGGGCUUUUGUCCCCGGCCUAUCGAUCCAGGAUGAACCCCGAAGAGGAAGCGACAGCACUGGUGAUGGCUAAGGGGCUGCCAGGAGAAUGGCUUCAGGAGCCGGUGACCUUCCGGGACGUGGCUGUGGACUUCACCCAAGAAGAGUGGGGGCAGCUGGGCCCUGCCCAGAGGACCCUCUACCGUGACGUGAUGCUGGAGACCUUUGGGCAUCUGCUCUCUGUGGGACCUGAGCUUCCAAAACCUGAAGUCAUCUCCCAACUGGAGCAAGGGGCUGAGCUGUGGGCAGCAGAGAGAGGCAUUGCCCAGGGCCACUGUCCAGGCUGGGAGCCCGGACCUGACAGCCUGGCGUCACCCAAGGAGCAGGGCCUUCCUGAGGAGGAGCCGUCCCGUGUGGCGGAAAGGGAGGGCUUCCCGAGGGACGCUCCGUGUGCCGCCGCACUCGGGGAAGGCUGGGAACGCGAGCGCCAGGUACAGGUGCCCGAGGAGGAACAGGAUGAUUUGAGGCAAUUGGAAGGUAGCCUCAAGGGAGUGCCAGUUCAAGACAAAAGCUGUGAAAGUCUGAGACCUGGUCAAAAUGGUGUCCAGAGUUCAAACCCAAAUCCGUCCUCAGAGACUUGUAGGAGAGACUAUCUCUGUGAUUACGACUCACAAGCUAUCGACCCGGAAGGUGACUCAAGCCUAGUCCAGCAGACAGGCUCCUCUGGCGGAGAGCCGUGUGACAGCAGUGACUGUAGCAAAGCUUCCGGUGCGGCCAUUCCGGUUACGGAAGUCACCCGAAGCCAAGGACAGGAUAAACCCUACAAAUGUACAGACUGUGGGAAGUCCUUUAACCAUAACGCACACCUCACAGUGCAUAAGAGGAUUCACACGGGAGAGAGACCUUACAUGUGCAAAGAGUGUGGGAAGGCCUUCAGCCAGAACUCCUCCCUGGUUCAGCAUGAGCGGAUCCACACGGGAGACAAGCCCUACAAAUGUGCCGAGUGCGGGAAGUCUUUCUGCCACAGCACACACCUCACUGUCCAUCGCAGGAUUCACACCGGAGAGAAACCCUACGAAUGUCAGGACUGCGGGCGGGCCUUCAACCAGAACUCCUCCCUGGGCCGGCACAAGCGGACGCACACCGGGGAGCGGCCGUACGCGUGCAGCGUGUGCGGCAAGGCCUUCUCGCGGACCACGUGCCUGUUCCUGCACCUGAGGACACACACCGAGGAGAGGCCGUACGAGUGCAACCACUGCGGGAAGGGCUUCCGGCACAGCUCCUCCCUGGCGCAGCACCAGCGAAAGCACGCCGGCGAGAAGCCCUACGAGGGCCGCCAGAGGCUGACCUUCGAGCAGGCGCCGGCUCUGACGAAGCGCGGCUGGGCCGAAGCCCUCGGCUGCGACCCACCUCUGGGCCCGGAGGGGCGGGCUCACCGAGGCGACAGGCCUUUCAAGUGUACCCUCUGUGGGAAGGGCUUUCUUCAGAGCUCGCACCUCAUCCGACACCAGGUAACGCACACCAGGGACGGGUCCCCGGGCCGGAACCGGCGGCGGCUCGAGCAGUCCUUCGCGCGGGGCUCACACCUUGCCCGGCACCAGCACACGUGCGCCGGCGAGAGCCCCGGGGGCGGGGUGAAGGCAGGGCAGCCCCCGAGCCGGGCGCUCGCCUUGUUUGACAUCCGUGAGAUCAUGCAAGAGAAAAACCCGGUUCACGUCAUUGGGGUUGAAGAGCCUUCCGUGGGUGCUUCUGUGUUGUUUGACAUCAGGGAGUCCUCGUAGGAGAGAAACUCUACAGCUGACGUAUGAACCACGGGCACAAAAAUGUGCUAAGUCCACACAGUGCGUUCACGGAAGGGGGCCGGGGGUAGAAAGGUCUAGGGCGACCUCUGAUUUCUUAAAGAAAUGGUGCUUCCCGAAUACCAGAGAUUGAGGGUUCUCCAGUCUGCCAGGGCCGGCGCCCUCUUUAACCACAGGCGUUUUGUGCUGUUCCCUCUGUUACUGCAAGAUGAAUUCCGAGGUAAGAGAACCUACACGUGUGUGUUGGGAAAAACCGAUAUACGGCCCCUUUCUGUAAAGCAUGAUUAAAGCAAGAGUAAUUUACCGUAGCGUAAUGUAGACUGAGUUGGUGUGGUAUCUCUCCACGUGACUGUGUGGGCCGUUGAACCUGGACACCUGGGGCAUUGCCGUUGCCAUCCCGUGUGUGGGACACGGCGUUGGUCAUGGAAAUGGUCCGAGGGGCAUUCCUGUAUGGGAUGCGAUUUUCCUAAGUGGUGACGAACUCUUGCAAAAGUAUUAGAGAAAGCAAAAUACCAUGGCAUUUCUGGAAAAUUCUGUAUAAAUCCUAAGCGUGCAGGAGUUGAUUUGUGUUUCUAUGUGAAGUUGACUUAGGAUUUCAGUUCACACAUGACAGACUUGUACACACGUGUGUACACAGUCCAUGGGAGCCGUCUCUGCACCUCACGGUCAUCAGAGCACACUUGGCCCCCACCCACAUGUCCGCCACACUCAUGCCCAGAGCAAAAGACAAAGAGGCCCCCGCGAAAUUGUGCUGCAUUCCCUGGACAUGUCACAGCUCCUUUUGAAAGCCGUUGCCUUGAAAUUGCCAACAUUGCUUAAGGCAGAGGUUCUCCAUCAGGAGUGGACUUGUCCUCCAGCGGACAUUUGGUGAUGUGUGGAGACAUUUUUGGUCAUCUUAACUGGAGGAACAGAGGGGUGCCACUUGGGAACUAGUGGGUAGAGGCCAGGGGUGCUGCUAAACACCCUCUAAUGCCCCAAACUGCCCCUCAACAAAGAAUUAGCCCCAAAUAUCCCAAGGGAAAGAAACUACAGCCAACUUUUUCCAGAGUCUAAAUCGAUCAGGGCUGCACCAACAGGCGUAUACCUUUGGUUUUAACAAAUGGUAUCAUUAACUGAUUUAUACACAAUGUGUCUUAUAGUAGUCUUUUUUUUUUUACCAUUUUGCAGCAUUCCUAAUUGGUGUGGAAAAAGGAAGGGAAUCUACUUAUUUUUCUGAGUAAUCUAAAUUUUAGCAUUUUAUCAUGGACGUCGUAAAACAUGGGUAAGCCCCACUUGUGACCAUUCCUCCUUGCUUCCCCAUUAAUAGUGUGGGGUGCAGCUUCAGGAAUGUUCCACCUAUCAGUGCCCUGUGGGGAGAGGAGCCCCAGUGGUAACUCAUGGUUCUGGCAGCUGUGGAAGCCAGGCCUUCAACUGCCCCUUCCCCUCCACCUUGGCCCCCAAAAUGGCAGCUCCUGAAGGGUCCCAGAAUGGCUGCUGGGUGGGCUGAGGUUACAGUGGCCUCAGCUGGUAAGCCGGGAGCAAGCCUGUCACUCGCCUCCCUCUCCAGGCAGCAGAGAUGAUUACAGAUUUUUCAUUUUUCACUUCGGGUCACAUUUUCUAGGCAUAAUGUUCCUCCUGAUUUCCUUAGAGAUGCUUUGAAACAGAUAAGCUCCUCAGGGGAAGUUACUCUAAACUAUGGAAUCCAUGGCUUUAUCAGCUUAUAAAAGUAAUGCAAACUCUUUACUGGAAAACAUGGAAAAUACACAGAAGUAAAAUUGAAUUCCUCAUACUUCACUAUCCAGAGAUGGUCUUUACCGCAAAGAUUUUGUUACUCUCCCUUGUAAUUUUUUUCAUAACAAUAUAAAUGUAUACAUACUGUGUACACUAGAUCUUAUACCAUAAAAAUAUUUCUAGUUGUGUUGUUUUAGGAAAUUGGAGUCCUUUCUUGUUCUCUUGUAAUGCCUGCUUCUUAACUGGUUUUGGGUUUUUUUGAGCAUUUUCCUCUGGCCAUGAAUUUCGUGUAGCCUUUGAAGUUACUUUUCAGGAGGGUUGUAGGAGCGUGACCACCUAGCAUUUUACCAGCUUUGACUUUUAUCCAAAAGUAGGGAGACUCUUCUACAUGUUACCAUGGGGAGUAAAAAUGGACUCAGCCUCUGUGAAGGGCAGUUUAUCAGUUGCCACCUAAAAUUAUAAACACACACGGGACUCCUGGGUGGCUCAGUGCAUUAAGCUUCAAACUUGGGCUUAGGUCAUGAUU